AACAAAUAUCUCAAUAGAGACAAAAGAAGUUUCAUUUCCCUGUCAAAGCUGGGGAAGACUGGUAGAAUAUGAAACAACAUGAACGGUGGUUCAGUUCUAACUCAAAUUUCAUAAACUUGCCAAAUUCAAGAGGACCAGAGCAGUUACCACUUCUCAUACCAUAUAUAAAUAUAAAUUAAUAUAUAAAACAAAAUACCCAUUUUUCCACUCUUUUGUCCAAACUGGUUCAUAAAUGCAGCAAAGAGGGAAUUGAAAAGGAAGGAUUAACCAUUAAGCAAAAGAGAUUGAAGAGAGGAUAUAUAUAGUGUGUGAUAUAUCCUCUCUUGAGAACAGAGAAGAUUAUAUUUUGAUUUGUUGAGAAGAAAAAAAAGGUGAAGAUGGUGGUGGGUGUGGUGAAUGGAAGAAUGAUGGAAGAUAUAGCAAUAAUUGGAGGGUUGAUAGGGGUACAGGUUUUGUAUGCAGGGAGUGCUAUGCUUCUAGGUUAUCUCAUGUCUUUAGGCAUCAAGUCUCUCACCAUUGUCAUUUUCACUUCCUUUGCUACAUUCCUUCUUCUUCUUCCCUUUGCAUUUUAUUAUGAAAGGAGCAAGUGGCCUAAGCAAUUCAGCCUCAAGUUGCUUAUACAGUUUAUUGUCAUUGCGCUUGCAAGUGUUGUGUUCCAGUCUUUAUUCCUCAAAGGAAUCAAUCUAACCUCUCCAGCAAUGGGAACUGCCAUGCCAAACCUUGCCCCCGGCCUCAUCUUCAUCAUCGCGUGGAUUUUUAGGAUGGAAAAAGUGGACUUAAGGUGCACAUAUAGCAGAGUGAAAAUCAUUGGCACAUUGCUUUGUGUGGUGGGGGCUGUUGCAAUGAGCAUGAUGCAGAGCCUCUCCACUUCUGUACCCAUUAAAGAGGGAACAGUUACAGUUCAAUUGGCAUCUCCACCACCAGUUCUAACGUUUGACAGAGACAAGAUUUUCGGUUGCAUCUAUCUCUUGGUUGCGAUCAUCAUAUUGUCAAGCAGCAUUGUUCUGCAGGCUUUUACUCUUGGAGAUUUUCCUGCUCCAAUGUCCUUGUGUGUUAUAACAUCCUUUUUAGCGGGGUCACUGGCAGCAGUUGCUCAGCUCGUUGAAGAUCAUCAAUUCAGUACUGGUUGGCCAAUAGUGAGUGUUGGUGACAUGGUUGGCUAUGGUUUUCUGUCAGGUGCAGUGUCUGGAAUAUGCUUAAGCUUCAAUGGUUGGGCACUUGAGAAGAGAGGGCCAGUCUUGGUCUCCAUGUUCAGCCCCAUUGGCACAGUUUGCUCUGUUGUUUUCUCUGCUUUUACUAUAGGAGACACCAUUAACAUUGGAAGCUUUGCUGGUAUGGUCCUCAUGUUCACUGGGCUCUACUUUGUGCUUUGGGCCAAAGGGAAAGAAGGCUACUCAGACAGUGAGUUUGAUGCAGAGAAACCUCUCUUAAGUUGAUGUGUAUUCUAAUGUCCAAACUAGGAGUGUGUAAUUAAUAUUAGCCAUGAAGUAGAUAGAAUAGGAGAAGUUUAUUACUUUAAUACUUUAAUUAAUUAGGUUUCGGAACAAGGUACUUUGGUGUAAAUAUAUAGUUUAUGUGUUGUAUUAUAUGUAUGACUAGCCACUUAUAGUUGCGUUUGAUGCA